CCCUGCGCUCCCACUGCCAGACCUCCAGAGAGGAGAGACCCAGGACACCCAGCCCCAGAUCCCCCAGUCUCAGGAUGGCGUCCUCCCUGCUUGAGGCCCAGAGUCUCUGCCAAGAGAUUCCUUACCAGGGACAUGGGAACAAGGCCUUGGGGAGACUGGGCCACUGCCUUAGUCAGGAGACGAAGCAGAGACAGGAAGUGAAAUGUGGGGAGGAAGCUCACUAUGGCUCCAGCCCCUUGGCCAUGCUGACAGCGGCGUGUAGCAAAUUUGGCGGCUCCAGCCCUCUGCGGGACUCCACGACACUGGGCAAAGCAGGCACAAAGAAGCCAUACUCUGUGGCCAGUGACCUUUCAGCUGCAAAAACCAUGGGGGAUGCCUACCCAGCCCCUUUUUCAAGCACCAAUGGGCUCCUCUCACCUGCAGGCAGUCCUCCAGCACCCACCUCGGGCUAUGCCAAUGACUACCCUCCUUUUUCCCACUCAUUCCCUGGGCCCACAGGCACCCAGGACCCUGGGCUCUUAGUGCCCAAGGGACACACUUCUUCUGACUGCCUGCCCAGUGUCUACACUUCUCUGGACAUGGCACACCCCUAUGGCUCCUGGUACAAGGCAGGCAUCCACGCAGGUAUCUCACCAGGCCCAGGCAAUGCUCCUACACCUUGGUGGGACAUGCACCCUGGGGGCAACUGGCUAGGUGGUGGGCAAAGCCAGGGUGAUGGGCUGCAAGGGACAUUGCCCACAGGCCCUGCUCAGCCUCCACUGAACCCCCAGCUACCCACCUACGCAGCUGACUUUGCCCCCCUUAAUCCAGCCCCCUACCCAGCUCCUCACCUUCUGCAACCAGGGCCUCAGCAUGUCUUACCCCAAGAUGUCUAUAAACCCAAGGCAGUGGGCAACAGUGGGCAGUUGGAGGGGAGUGGUGGAGCCAAACCCCCUCGUGGCGCAGGCACAGGGGGCAGUGGUGGUUAUGGGGGCAGUGGAGCAGGGCGGUCUUCCUGUGACUGUCCCAACUGCCAGGAGAUAGAGCGCCUGGGGGCCGCAGCAGCUGGGCUGCGGAAGAAGCCCAUCCACAGCUGCCAUAUCCCAGGCUGUGGCAAAGUGUACGGCAAGGCCUCACACCUGAAGGCCCACUUGCGCUGGCACACAGGCGAGAGGCCCUUCGUCUGCAACUGGCUCUUCUGUGGCAAGAGAUUCACCCGUUCGGAUGAACUGGAGCGCCACGUGCGCACUCACACCCGGGAGAAAAAGUUCACCUGCCUGCUCUGCUCCAAGCGCUUUACCCGAAGCGACCACCUGAGCAAACACCAACGCACCCACGGCGAGCCAGGCCCAGGCCCCCCACCCAGUGGCCCCAAGGAGCUGGGGGAGGGCCGCAGCACUGGGGAAGAGGAGACCAGUCAGACACCCCGACCUUCAGCUUCUCCGGCACCCCCAGAAAAAGCCCCUGAAGGCAGCCCGGAGCAGAGCAACCUGCUGGAGAUCUGA